AUGAGUUCCGACUCAACCCAGCGUGUCUUCCAACUCAAAGUCGACCCGCUCACCGGUAAUUCUGAAUGGUUCAUCAUCGAAGACGGAAACAGAGAAGAAGAUGAAGCUUUCAAGAGUUCCAGCAAUGAUCUUCUAGCCACGACGUCGUAUUUGGACAUGCUUAACGACGAAACAAGAAACAGAGCAUUCCGUGAAGCCAUUGACAAGACCAUAAAGAAACCGUGCCACGUCUUAGACAUCGGAGCUGGGACGGGGCUGCUGUCAAUGAUGACAGCAAGAGCAAUGGGUGUAGGUGACUCAAUGCCAUGUGAUGAUAGCAAGAAGGGGAUGGUAACAGCGUGUGAGUCAUACCUUCCAAUGUUGAAAUUAAUGAGAAAAGUAUUGCACCUGAAUGGUAUGGGAAAGAAUAUAAAGAUUUUUAACAAACGCUCGGAUGAACUCCAAGUUGGUGUGGAUAUUCCUUCACGGGCAGAUGUUCUUGUUAGUGAGAUACUAGACUCAGAGUUAUUGGGUGAAGGGGUUAUACCGACUCUACAACAUGCACAUGAUAUGCUGCUGGUGGACAAUCCACUGACUGUGCCAUAUCGAGCUACGACUUAUGGCCAGUUGGUUGAAAGUACAUUCCUGUGGAAGCUGCAUGAUCUUUCUAAUAAUGAAGAAGAAGCAGCGGACAGCAUUCGUCUUGUUCCAACUGGCUUGGACACAAUUUCAUGUGUCAAAGCACAACAACAUCCCAUGCAUUGUGAUGCAAUAUCAAAAGAAAUAAAUCUGCUGUCAGAACCCUUCAAAAUUUUUGAAUUUGACUUUUGGAAACGGCCAGACAGCCGAGGGGACUCCAAAUUGCUCAUCAAGGCGACUAAUGAUGGUCGAGUUCAUGCUGUAGUAUCAUGGUGGGUUCUUCAGCUUGAUCCUGAAGGGACAAUCUUUUAUUCCACUGCUCCUAGAUGGACAACUUCACCAAUGAACACAGGUACUAGCAACUGGUGUGACCACUGGAAACAAUGUGUGUGGUUCAUUCCAGGGAAAGGUAUACCUGUAUCCAAGGGUGAAGAGGUUCAUUUGCAUGCUGUUCAUAUUGAUACGAGUGUCUCAUAUAAUCUUACAACCCAAACCACCGAGAUUAGGGAAUAUGAUUACAGUGCUGGAGAUUCUCUCCUCACAUUGUCUCCUGAAAGAAUUGCAAUCUAUGGAGACAGAAAAUGGAGGUCUUGCAUGUUAAUGGCUUUGAGAAAUUUGGAAAGAGUUCACUCACUAUGUGUUGUUGCUGAUGAUAGUGUGUUCUUAUCACUUCUUGUAACACAUCUGUCGAAAACAUCAGAUGUGAUAUCACUGUUUCCCGGGCUGCAGGAGAGGGGUGCACAGUAUUUGCAGGCAGUUGCUGAUGCUAAUGGCUUCACAGCAGAUCGUAUAGAAGUUUUCCAAAAGAAGAAAUACUUGACUCUGGAUGAUACUAAGCAAAAGAAGGUUGAUCUAUUGAUUGGAGAACCAUACUACUAUGGAAAUGAUGGGAUGCUUCCAUGGCAAAGUCUGCGGUUUUGGUAUACUAUAAUAUGCAGCAUUUCAUUAGUGGGACAAAUAUGUUAUUCUAUCAGUCUACGUCAUCGAUCAAAGUACUUAUAUGAUGCCCUUUUUCUUGUCAUGGAUUCGGAUUUUAGGAAGGAAAGGACUAAGCUUAACUGUGUCCUUGCUGAAGAUGCGGUAGUAAUGCCUUGUAAAGCAAUACUGAAGGCUUGUGCAAUGUCCCUUCCUGAUCUUUGGAAAAGUCGUUGCUGUUUAAGCAAGAUAGAAGACUUUGACCAUUCAAUUGUAAAUAACACCUUAGGAGCCUGUGGUGACUUACCUGCAUCACAAGAUGGUCCACUUCUGCCUUUCUUUAUAUGGCAGUGUGGGAAGAUUAAGGUAGCUGAUAUGCAUAAAUUUAUGCCUACAAGAACAUUGUGUUCUUUUCCAGAAUACUUUAACACCAUUGUUAUUGAUGUGAUUCUAUUGGAAUUGUUUAGGAACUCAGUGAGACAUUUACAAUCAUGGAAUUUGAUUUCUCUAAAUCUAUUGGUCCAUGCUAUGGAAAAGCCCAGGUGGUCUCCACAGGUUGAAUUUACUGAGCAAGGGAUAUGCCAUGGAUUUGUGCUAUGGAUUGAUUGGGUGAUGGAUGCGAAGAAUUUUGUUGUGCUAACUACAGGACCAGAUGAGAGAUACUGGAAGCAAGGAGUGAAGCUUCUGUCACAACCUGUGGCAGUUGGAGGCCGUGGAUCCAGCACGGGUGAUUGCCGUUCAACACUAAUUGAAGCAUCUUUUGAUCCAUCAAGUGAAGCACUUGUGAAGCGUGAACGCACGUAUAGUACUCGUGAUAGGUUUUAUGUUUACAUGAGUGAAGUACUAGCGAUGCAUUGUGGGAGGAAUACCGAUGGAGGGAGGGAUUGA